UUCGACGCGCUCGGCCCCCCUCUUUCCCUUUCCGAAGCUUCUCGACCGCCUCCACCUCCUCCUCCUCCUCCCCCCCUCCCCCCUCACAUGGCCGACGACGCGAAGGCCGAGGCGGCGCGGCCGAGGCCGGAGUCCUCGCAGGAGGAGGAGGAGGACUGGAAGGAGGCCGAGGGGGACGUCGCCGAGGUCGACCGCGCCGCCCCCAAUGGCGCCGGCGAGGCGCAGGUGCCCACGGACCGCCCGAUCCGGGUCUACGCCGACGGCAUCUACGACCUCUUCCACUUCGGCCACGCCAGGUCGCUCGAGCAGGCCAAGAAGCUGUUUCCAAAUACAUAUCUUCUUGUCGGAUGCUGCAAUGAUGAGUUGACACAUAAAUACAAAGGAAGAACUGUAAUGACUGAGGAUGAGCGAUAUGAGUCACUUCGUCAUUGCAAGUGGGUUGAUGAAGUCAUCCCUGAUGCUCCAUGGGUGGUGUCAGAAGAAUUCUUGGAUAAGCAUAACAUUGAUUUUGUUGCUCAUGAUUCUCUGCCGUAUGCUGAUGCUAGUGGAGCUGGUAAAGAUGUUUAUGAACAUGUAAAGAAACUUGGUAAGUUUAAGGAGACCCAGCGCACUGAUGGAAUAUCAACCUCGGAUAUUAUAAUGCGGAUUGUUAAAGAUUAUAAUGAGUAUGUUAUGCGGAAUCUGGCCAGGGGCUACACUAGAAAGGAUCUUGGUGUCAGCUAUGUAAAGGAAAAACGACUGCGAGUUAACAUGGGACUGAAAAACCUGCGUGACAAAGUGAAGCAACACCAAGAAAAAGUGGGCGAGAAGUGGAGCACAGUUGCAAAACUCCAGGAAGAGUGGGUGGAAAAUGCAGACCGCUGGGUUGCUGGUUUCCUAGAGAAGUUUGAGGAAGGUUGCCACUCAAUGGGAACUGCCAUCAAGGAGAGGAUCCAGGAGAGGCUCAAGGCGCAAUCUAGGGACUUUGGUAGCCUUUUACAGUAUGAGAGUGACGAUUAUGAGGAAGAAGACGACGAGGACGAACACUUCGAAGAUGUCAAGGAAUAGUGCCUCUGUAAAUAUGCUCAAGGUUUUAGUAUCUGAUGGAAAUCGUCUGUUGGUCCUACACCGUUUCAUGUGCCCCCAUUGGUUGGUGAUCUUUUAUACGGUCAAAGGUAGGUGAGGUCAGCUUGCCGUGCUUGUAGGUGCUCCUGAUGUUUGUUCAGGCAAUGUUCGGUUGUAAAAGUUGUAGAACUCUUCCCAUACAUGUAUGGAGAAUACAUGUUACAUUUUACUUUCUCCAGAACAUAAGACUAUAAGUUUCAAGUGAAGCUGGUUAUAAAUUGGUAAAUUUUCCUC